AUGAGCUCAUUCUUUCCCGACUGCUUCCAACCAAGGCUCUACCAAUUCUACGCACAGGCAUCCCUGCAGGGCGCGUCGCAACAUCACAGCAGUUCUUGCCAUGUCUUCAAGAUAGACCACAAGACGGGAGCCAGCCUGAAGCUGAAGGCCACCAGAGGAGAGGUUCGGUGCCCUGAAUUGCUCGUCAGCGAGUACAACGAAAAGUCUCGAGAUCACACCAUACGCACUGAACCAUGGGUCGUUGAGGAUGUGCCCGCCGACGAAGUCGAAAAUUAUAUCCAAUCGAUUGGGGACAACAUGGAUUAUUUCGAGGCAUUUGUAUCCGAAUAUGGCACCGAAAGCAUCAACGAACUACUGCUAUCGAUCCGACAAGCUGCUUGGGAAGGGUCCAUUGCUUGGCAGGCGCUCGAGGCGUUUGUCGCUUAUUCUCUCGCAACCUCAGUGAGCUACACAGGGGAAGACGAACACACCCCACGACUGAUUGAAAACCAGCUUCAGUUGGCACUAGCAAAAGCGUGGAAGGAUCGCUGGUGUUCGGCUCGCUCUACCAAAGGGAUGAUUUCCACGAGCGACAAGGAUGCCAGCACCGUGGUUCUCGUUCUACUAACGGAAAGAGUCCUGUACGACUUCAAGUAUCGCGGGAAUCCAAAAGCGGCCAGACGUUCUGUCGAGUUCGGCAAGCGCCUUGUCUCCCAAUUGAGCGAGGACCUACGUUCGCAUGAAUGGAGUUUGAGCUGUAAGUCUCCGAAGAGGCCUCUGGUGCCUUGCGCUUAUCGAUCGAUAGUUGAGAAGUCUCCCCUCGGUGUGCCUAUUGGCAAGCGUAUAUUCGAUCCUCAAGAUGUGGACUGCCUUGUGGGUUCACUGCUCAGCCUUGCAAAAAGGAAGGACACCUUUUUCCAAAAGCUUUGA